GUUGCUAAAGUGAUACAACAAUAAAUUAUUCAAAAUGAAUGUAAUGUAAACUCAUACUAAUGUAUAAUAAAAUGUAAUAUUUUUUAAUCGGUUUAACCUUGUGACAAAAAGGUAAUUAAUAAUUCCGCGCAUUUUAAAUCACAUACUCAUUCAUCAGUACUGCAAAACUAAUUGCGUGUGCCAUAAUUAAUUUUAAGUUUAAUUAUGAGAAACUGAGAAGAACUUGUUGUUAUUUAAACUGGUAAGUUGUUGCUUUUUAUAUUUACAUACUUUCACUCUAAAUAAUUAACUAUCAUAUAUCACAUAUUCUAAGCGUUUCCUGAUUCAAAAAAGUUUUGUGUUUCAACAUUUUACUUGUCUCCUUUAUCUUUUUUCCCCGUGAGUAAAAAAGAGAUAAACGAGAAAUGUAUGUAUUUGCUUGCGUCACAAUCCCCGGGCAACUACGAAUUUAUUUUAUGGCAUUGUAUUGAUUUCCUUUUACACGGAAAAUAAGAUUUAACAAUUAGUAAUAAAUGAUUUAGGUUUAGAUUAUUAAUUCUUGAAAAUUAACAAAAUAGUUAACCUGAGUUUGUUCUUGAAUUGGUUGAAAUUAAGAGAAAGGACGAAAAAGGUCGCAGUAUGGAUUAUAGUAAACAAAAAUGGAAAAUAUUGAUCUUUCAAAAAAUAAUGGACCAUGUUUGGACACUGUAAGAGUGCUUCAUCAAACUAUAAUUUCCUUGAGAAAGGCUUUAGAACAAAGUAAAAGUGAAAUAGUACAACUAAAGCAAAAAGCUUUUCCUGUUGAGUCUGUGCAAGAUUGUUUAAGUACUUUGACAAUUGAAAACCAUGUUUUAAAAACACACAUAUUGACUAAACAAGAAGUUUGUUGCCUUAGUGAGCAAGUUUUAAAAAAAGGUGUUAGAAAUGUUGCCACUGAAACUAAUUCUAAUAUUUCAAAAUUGGAGAAGGGCAUAUGUCACAACAACAGACCAUUGGAUCCAAUUAUAUGUGGUAAAACUAAUUUAAGCACUACAAUUUUCAAAACUGGUAAACCAGAAGAAAAUAAAUUAGAUUCUUUGACCUGUAAACCUCAGACAAGUGAGGCUUCUGGUUAUGAUACCAAUGAGAGGCUUGUUGGUGAUAGUUUUUUAAAACCUUCUCUUAAAAGAAAUUUAGGGCAAUCCCCUAAAAAGAAUGUUAUAAUAAAAAUACCGAGACUUGAAGUUACAGGAUCUGACUCAUCAGAAGAAGAACUUAGUGAAUUACAAACUUGCAGACAACAAAGUUCAGAUACAUCAACCAAACUUGAGAAAAAAGCUGAAAAACAUUCAGAAAUAGCAAACGAUUAUGUUGACAAGGAAACAGAACAUAAUGAAAAAUCUGUUGAGGAAAAUGUAAUUGAUAACAUUGAGUCAUACAAUGAAUUAAAAGAGAAAGUUCCAAAUUUACCUAAUGUUAUUUCAGAUAUUACGCAAUCUGAUAAUAUAGAAGCAGAUAAGCAACAAAACGCACUUCGCAACUCUAUUGAAACUGUUAAAAAAUUUGAGCAAUCUGCAGAUUUAGAAGAAGACAAUUGUAAAGAAAAAAUUACAGUUAUUGUGGAUAACAUUAGUCCCCAAAAAGUUUCUACUUCUUUAGAAGACUUGUUUGUUUCAAAGACUUCUGAUAAUUUAAAAAGUAAAAAUCUAGCAAUUUCUAAAAUUGUGAGUUUUUCAAAUAUAUCAGACAUAAAGAAGACUGUGAAGUUUCUUGAUAACUCAUUUGAGGUCUUCAUACUAGAAACUAAUGAAAACACAAUGACUGAAAAAACAGGUGCUAGUAAAAUUGCCGAAAUUCCAGAAGCCACACAUUCCUUGGAAAAAUCGGUUACCCAUCCUACAGAUAUCCAGACUUCUUCAAACGAAGAUAAAAUAAUUGAUAAAGUAACAGUAGAUGAAGUACAUCUGCCUUCUAUUGAAGAUCCUCAGUAUUCUCCAUCAGAGGAAACCUCUUCCGAGUCCAAAAGAAAAGAGAAAAUAAAUCCUUCAAAAGUAGAAGAGAUUCUAAAAGAUAACCAGACCUUAUUACGUCGCUCACAGGUCAAGUCUAUGCCAGAAAAUCUCCAGUCACAAUCGAAGACUAGUUUAUGUUUCUCUUCAUCAUUAGAUAAUCCUGAAUCUCAAUCUGAUGGGCUAGAACCAUCUACUAAAGAAACAUCCUUAGAGAACCAACUCCCUUCGUUUGAAAUUUCUGAAUCAGAACUUAAAGAAAUCGUUGAAGAUGAAUCAUUGAAUGUUUUCCAGGAUUCAGCAUCUACUCCAAGCACUGUAAAAGAACGAUCAGUAAUAAAAAAUGAUGGUGCAGAACUUUUUCAAAAAUUCGAAUCUGUUCAGAACAUGUCGUUAAAUAAUGAAUUAGACCAAAACGAGGAAGUGGAUGAUAUAGAACUUAUAUUUACCACAGACGACACAAAAGAUUCUGAUUUUAAGGAAGAAUUGGUACCGAUUGAGACUAGUGAUAAUAUGCAGCAUCUCCAAUGUCCUAACGCAGGUAAUGAUACCGAUAACAAUUUGUCGUUUGAAAUGUCUGAUAGAGAAUUAGAUGACGAAGUCUUCAAUGAAGUCGCAGACGGUUCCAAAUGUUCAGAAUGCAAUCCUCAAAUGUGCAAUUCAAAGUCUGAUACUUCGAUUAACCAGGAAGAGAGAAGUUUAAAAAGUUGUUAUUCUUGCCAGGACUCUAGCUUCGAAAAUAGAUCUUUUGACAAAGAGGAAAGUUUUGAUCAGUUUAAUGAAAAGGUGCAAAUCAUUGAGACUGAUAUAUCGAAAUGUGGAAUUGUUGAUGUAGACUUUUCUGUAACCAGGAGAAACACCUGCCCAAAUCCAUUACCAUAUAGGCCUAUAAUUCAUCGGGAGGCUGUAGGCAAGGGACUUAAUAUUCGCAAAGGGAGGCCCAUUUUGGGACAGUCCACUGCUGCAAGACGGGAUUCUGGAGCUCAGACGGAUAUAACAGCUCUUCCAAAUACAUUUUGGAGAUCUGAGAGCAGUCUAGCCCAUAAGAUUAAAGUAGGAGAAAAUUUUGCAACGCUCCCUUCCAAGUUGCCCUUACCAUGUUCUCGAAUUAGAUUAUCAGAGAAAACGGUAGAGGCUCGUAGGGUCCUUUUGUCGGAUAUUGGGUUUACCAGCAUGGUACCAGAAUUAUCUCGAUCUGCAGAUCAUUUAGGGCCCGAUACUUUACAAACACCUACUCCGGUCCAAUAUGGACAAUUUUUGAGGGCACCAGAUCUUUAUUCGCCAAGCAUGACAUCACAAAAAUUCAACUGGACAACAAUUGUAUCUCCUUUGGAAAUGAGCAGGUCAGGUUCACAUUCCCGUUACAACAGUAUUUAUCCUUUGUCUCCACCUGUUCCUUCGAGGAGGUGUUCCGCCCCGGUAUCACCUUCUCGUCGACCUUACUUAAAACAUACUUCGAAAGUCCGCUUUGCCAAUGGAUCUUUACCAGAAUUGAGGGUUGACUGGAACAGUACAGGGGACAGCGGAGACUCUACGGAUAGUUUGGUAGACGAAGCUGAAAGUUUCCUAAGACGUUCGAUCGAUUGUCUUACUAGCAGACGAGAUUAUCAUAGGGUCAAGGGUAGUAGACGAGCGUCAGCCCCUGAACCGUGUAGGGAUAGUAUACCGCUCGAUUGGCACCCCUUUUUACCCAGAACACCCCACGAUUUGAGGCAUGAGCACUGGGUGAAAGUUAUUGUGCCAGGGGAUGGAAAAGUUCGAGGGGGCAGAGUAAGAUACGUGGGACCUGUUGCUGGACAAACGGAUCAAUAUGUGGGGGUGCAAUUGAGUACUCCAGAUGGUCAUUCUGAUGGUGUUUUUCAUAAUAGGCGUUAUUUUAGCUGUGAGCCUCAUCAUGCCGUGUUUGUUCCUUUCAAGAAGGUGAUAAUGGGUUGGAAACCUUAAAUGUAUGUUUAAAAAACUCUUGCGAACUUAAAAUUUAGCAUAAGUCAACUAAUACCCACCAUAUGUAUCUUUAUAUCUUAACUAAUGGGUACUUACUCAAAAAACUUUAAUCGCAAUUGGCCUCUAUUUGAUUUCUAUCUAAUUUCAUGCUCCUGUGAUGUUUUAACAUAAAAUAAAAGAUAUGUUAAGUGUACCUUUCAAAAACUAUACCUACUCAAAAAUGUUAAAUGAUAAAUUCAAAAACUUUUAUUGACGAGUAAUAAAAUGAUACAGAUUUUUUAUCACAAUUGGUUUUUGAUACUAAUUAAGCUUACAGUUUUUGUGUUGUUUUUAAGUUUAAGAAGAAAGGAAAUGCUAGUAAUACAGGGUAAUUCUUUUUAAUAUCUUUUUAAACUGUUAAUUGAUGAAAAAAAUUAUAAAAUUUUUGUCAUUUUUGAUCUAAUUGCGAAAAGAACUCAUUGUCUAGCAAUAAAAAUGAAUCGCUUCUAUUUUUCCAUCUUCUUGGCCUAAAACUGAUGACUAUGUAUUGAAUUAUAUAAAGAACCUUUGUCGACCUAAAAUGAUGUUGCAUGUAAUAUCUCAUUAAUUGUUAAAAAAAGGAAAGUUCUACAGUUAAAAGGAACUAAGGGAAUGUUAAUAUUACUAUCGUUUUCUUCAGUAAAGUGCUGUUAUCAAAAUGACCAAAGAGAUGAAAGUGUGCUAUUUAAUAUUUAUUAAAUGUACAUACAUAAAUAUUUAUUGACAUACAAUAUAAUAGACAUAUACAGACAGCUCUAUACAUAUACAUAAAUAUAUAAGUGCGUUGAUUUUGUUGCUAAUAUCAUCUGUAAACGGUAAUAAAAACUACGUCAAUGUUAAUAAAGGCUUUUAUUAUAAUAGAUAAAGAUGCAACAUAUUAACUAUAAUAAUCGUUGUACUUAUAAUUAGGAAUAUAUAUAUUAUAGUUAAUUCUUAUUAAACAGACAGUUAUAACUAUAAUUAAAGCAUAUUUUGUUGUUUUUGGUAUCACAAAAAAUUAUUUAAUACGUAUUUUUUUUAUAAACAAGGAAAGAGAAGAAGAGAAAUUAUUAAACGAAAUACAGCAAAAAGGAAGUAAAAGUGAAUAAGAGCAUAAAAGAAAAGUACAAUACGUUAAUUUGUUAAUGUUCCUACAAGAGAAUAUACUUGGAAGAAAAUAAUUUGUUAGUAAGAAUGUGAAAGUAAAAUGUUAGUACUCAAAAGAAAAAAAACAAGUCUACAUUGAUCGUAAGCAUAAAGAAAGUAAAGAAAGAAAGAAAGAAAAAAGAAACUAAAUUAUAAAAGAAGAAAAAAGAAAAAGAGCAAGUUUGAAUGUUAAUUUAGUUUCUACAUGGACUACUAGAGAGCAGUUAAAAAACUGAGAAAGAUAUGUACACAUUAACAGGCUUAAAAAUAGAAAAGAGUGGAAAGAAAAAAGAACAUUUUAAAAGCCACUGAAGAAUUACUAAAGAAUGAAAGUAAAAGAUAGAAGUGGUAAAAACUUAGGAAAUUCAAAAUGGGUUAGUUGAAACUAAUAAAAAAAAAACUAUCAAAAAGGAAAAUAUCAUUAAUUAGUAUUUGUAUAGCAAUAAAUAGAAAACCAAAAGAAAUUAUUUAAGGAGGAACUAAAAAUUUAAUCUACAUUCUACAUAGUAGAAAAAUAAACAAUAAAAUCCUAAGAUAAGAAAAAAAUAUUUGCAGCAAAGCAUCUACAAAGUGAGGUCAACUGGGUACCUAUGCAUUUAUAGGAAGGAAAACAGAGUAGCUAUAAUUAUUUGCUGUUACAUAAGAAGUUAUUAGUAUAUUAAAGAAAAGUAAACAGUCAUAGUCAAGUUAGGACAUUUAAAAGAUUCGAUUAGAAAAAUUUGUAUAGGAUUAAAGAGAAAAUAAAUGUGAACUAGUAAAAAGAUUACAUAGAAAUGAGUAUAAAAGAAAAGAAAAGUACGAAAAUCAAAUAGAGAGCAUUAGAAAAGGCUUCAAUAAUGUAAGAAUGUAGAUAUAAUAAAUUGCGAUUAAUGAAGUGAACAUGAAAAAGAGUAGAAUAGGUGAAUUAAAAUAAAACUGAAAAAGCAAGAUUAUUAAUAAGUUAAAGCGUUUGAAUCAUUUAUUAUAUACCUGAGAACAUAAAUUAUGUGAUAUUCCUUUGGCUUAUUGUCAUGAAAAUUUAAAAUAAAAAUCAAAACGCUUUACUACUAAAAAUUAAUCUACCAAAAACUAGAUAACAAAAGUAAAGAAAACAAGAUUAUUUAGAAAGAAAAUAUUAGCAGUCUUUAUCACAUUAUUACUUUGUAGAAUAUAACUCCGUGAGAGCAUUAUUAUUGGUGCAGUAAAGAGAAGUUGUUUUUUGUUUUGAGACACCAUUAUCUCAAAAUUGUUGUAAUGUUGUGUGAGUAAUUAUUGUUUAAUGUUGUUUACG